AUGCGUAUCGCAAGUUGGCUCUUGGGGGGAGGCCGUGAGCACGUCGGCCUCGUUCUAGGCAAUGACGCCUCCGGCAAAACGACAUUGCUCUACAGACUCAAGCUCAAAGAAGCCGUACAGACCCUUCCGACAAUUGGAUUCAACGUCGAGACUAUAGACUAUCCCGAUGGAGAGAAAGUCACCCUCUGGGACGUUGGGGGCUGCGAUGCUAUUCGUCCUCUUAUACGACACUACAUGACCCAAGAUCGCUUCCUAAUCUUUAUUCAAAGCUGCACAGACACAGAAGACGCCGAGCGCGUUGAGUUCUCGCUCGAGUAUCUCCGCAUGGGAUUGAACAUGAUGCUUGAAUACGAAGCAAAACACAUGUUUAUCGUUUUCAACAAGCAGGAUCUCCUCUCUGAAGAAGAACGACCCAAAGUCGUAAAAGAUUUAAAAGACAAGAUUGAAGCUGAGAUUAAACCAUAUGCUGAUAAGCUCGAUAUAAGGAUCUUGGACACUCCUGGUCUAAGUGCCCUUGGGGGCUGUCAGGUUAAUAAUGUCAUGGAUGAGAUACGAAAGACCCUUAAACCGAAGAAUGCAGUGAAGGAUACGAAAGCUGAGAUUGAGAUGAGGGAGAAGGGACCAGGUGAAGAGGAGCUUCGGAAUAAGAUUAGAACGGCUAAUGCUCAGAGUGUUGAUGCAAACACGUUCUGGGAGUCGUUUCUAGAUGGGAGUUUAGAGGCGUGGGAUCAUUACACUCAUCUAAGAGCAGGCUUCUUCAUCAUGCACGAUUGUUUCGGUAAAGGAGUAGGAUUGCUGGAGUGUGCCGAUGAGUUUAUGAAGCAUUUGAAUCGGCUACGGGAGGGUAAUCCCGAGAGAUUUCGCAACACUGCGCACAAAACAAUGACGAUAUUCUGGCUUCAUCAAAUUCAAGUCGCUGCAAUAGAAUACCAAGCACGCUCCCACCCCGGCAUAUUCCCCUCGCGAGAAGCCUACGCCGACAUCGUCUUCUCAGCACCUCAUCUCAUGAACUCCAACCUCUGGAGAGCACACUACUCCAAAGACCUGCUGUUCUCACCGCUGGCUCGGGCUAAUUACAGUCUACCGGAUUUACAGCCUCUUCCGACGAUUAAACAGGUCACUUAUACGCCUGCGCAAGAGAAAGUUGUACAUGAUGUUGAUAGACUGCCACGGUUUGCGUUUUCGGUGGUUCAAAAGACUUUUUCGUCGAAGCUUAGACGCGGAGGGAUUGUCAAACAGGCUCUUGAAGCAUUACAGUCUUCGACGAUGCGUUUGAGAGCGGUGGAUUCUUCGGUUCCUCCGUAUUCAGAGACACAAGCGUAUUUCUGGAUUCAGAUCAUCCACGCUUACACCCGUUCUCUGGAAGUUGAAUCGUCCGAAAAGCAAUUCACCACUUACGAGGCGUUCAAAUCCCUCUUCGAUAUCAAUGGUGAUGAGUGGAAGCAGUACUACUCCCAAUCAACAUGGGAGAGCAUCCCCGCUAGAAUGGCAUUCGUCAACCCAGACAAGAAACCCCUCCCUAAUAUCUUCAACCUACCCUCCCAAGCAAGAAAAGACCUCGCUGUCUCACAAAUGAUAAACGCUACAAACAGCCGCUCAACAAAUGCACACCUUCCACCAUCAGAAGAUCUAGACUUCCAAGCAGCCAUCCUCAUCGACGAAGCAAAACUCAUCCCCGAGUCUGAACUCAACAUCGCCAGCCACGCGAGCCUCAUAACAUUCCUAUUCAACCGCCUAACAGAAAAGACGAAAUCUACUAUGACUAGCAAAAAGCGCGGUGAUGCUUCGCUGGCUUCGUCGACGGCGCUGGAGAUUGCGAAGUGGACUGGUUUGACGCAGGCUAUGUUCUGGGUGCAGCAGGUACAAAUUGCGCUUGCGGGGCGGAAGGGGAUGGGGUUUGAGGAGUGCAUCAAGGGUAACUCGGUUUUGGCGUUUGAGGAGCUGCCGUUUGUGUAUUACUCACCGCAGCUUUGGGGGAGUGUUGAGGCGAGGGAUGGGUAUGUCAUGCCUGAUAGACGGGGACUUUCUAGUAUUGUACCUGGGAAAGUCAAACAGUGA